AUAAGAAGAAACAAGAAUUUUUAAAAAUGAUAUUUUACACUGCUGGCAUUUUGGCAUUUUUUGCCAUUUGUACAUAUGGUUCGCCGAUUCAGAAAAGACAAGCUACAGAAUGGACGUGGGUGGAUCUACCCGGAGGCUGUAUCAAAAACUUCAACAAUAAAAUAAUAAAAUCUGUGGAGAGCCUAGAUGCAUGUAAACGACUCUGUGAGGUAGAAACAAGCGUAGUGUGCCUUUCUAUCGAUUACAACAAGGGCAAGUCACAGUGUCAGCUUUCUGUCAAAUACUCUGGAAAUAACCCCUUGAGCUACCCAUGCCACGCCGGCACUGAGUGGAGCUAUGCCGAACGCCAAAUGCAAGGAUCAUGCCCAAUUGGACAAGUGCAGUUCAACACAGCCUGUUACCUUAUAGACACCGAAAAGAAGACACACGAAGCUGCCUCGAGUUCAUGUCAGACACAGGGGGGUCAACUGACGUCCAUUUUGUCUGCCAUCGAAAAUGCAUUUCUCGCAGUUGAAUUAGAGAGAACUCACACAGAGAGCAAGCAUACAUAUUUCUAUAUAGGACUUUCUGGCAAAAAUAACGAGUAUACACAAUGGGCAGAUGGCAAUAGUGUAGGUUACACAAACUGGGGCAAAGGUGAACCAGAAAAUAACAAAGAGGAAUGCGUCACAAUUGAGAAACAAGAGGGUUUUAAAUGGCAUGAUGUUACAUGCGGCAGAUCCGAAGCAUCCAUCUGUAAAUUUGAGCAAAAGAUUGAACUCAAUGAAAACUGGGUGGAUACACCAGGCGCAUGCAUAAAGAACUUCAACAACCGCAUUAUAAAGCCUGUUAACACUAUGGAUGCUUGUAAAAAACGAUGUGAAGACGAGACUGCUUUCCGGUGCUGGUCCAUUGAUUACAAUGCUGGAGCUUCACAGUGCCAGCUAUCGGAAAGGUACUCUGGAAAUAACCCCAUUAGUGACCCUUGCCAUGCUGGACCCCAGUGGAGCUAUGCAGAGAUUUUUAUUGAAGGUACAAUUGAUAUUACUGCUGAUGACGCUUACGACCUGUUUGUCGAUGGUGCCCAAGUUGGUUCCGGUAGAAGCUGGAAACAAGCACAACGAUACUCGAUUUCUUACCCGGAGAAUGUGCAAGUGAUUGCCGUAAAGGGUUGGGACACAGGCAAAGUGGUAUCGGGAAUCAUUCUUUCAUUCCGUCAUAGCGAUGUCCUUCUUAACACCGACAGUAGAUGGAAAUGCUUCUUUGGAUCCGUUGACCCAUUGUGGAAUCAACCUGGUUACGAUGACAGUGCCUGGCCCGCGGCAGUGGAAUUCAGCACAAACCGUGACGAUUCCUAUGUGAAGACCAACAAUGGGAAACCUUGGUGGCCUCAAGUGGACAAGGCAGCAAAGAUGAUUUGGACCAAAAACAGCUAUAGAGACACGACGGUAUAUUGCAGAUACACCUUGAAAGCGUCAACGACACCAAGAACAACUCCCGAGACAACAACACCAAAGUUAACUACUACACCAACUACAACCAUACCUGUACCAAUUUGCCAGUACAUUGGUCAGUUACUUGCUGAUAAAGUAGACCCAUGCAGAUUCUACCAAUGUGCCUAUGCCGACAACAACCUGAACCUUAGGGCAGUCAGCAUGCCCUGUGCUCCCGGGACUAGUGUGCCGCCCUCUUACGUUGCAGGCAACCCAUGUAUUGGACCAGCUCUGGACCAGUGCCCCAAGGGAAAGGGCAUAUAAAAUAUAUUGGACCAAUGAACAAAGGAGAAAUAGGAUAUAUAAUAUAUAGUAAAUUUGACUUAUAGUUAGUAAUAAAAAAUGUAUAGAUAUAUUGGAUCAUGGAAAGAGAAUAGGAAUGGAAAGGAAUCUUUAUGGCAACUGGUCUCUCACAAUUUAUUUUUGUUUCUAUCAAAGGAGCACAAGCAAAAUUCUCAGUUUACGACACGUAUCUCAGCCAUUCUUCUUUAAUCCUACGUGCUAGAAUCCUUUAGAUCAAGUACAAUUUGUUUAUCGUAAUUGGUAAAAUCUACAAAUCGAUUUAAAAAAUGGCCAAAAAAAUCAAGUAGCGCCAUUAAAAUAUGAAUGCUGUUUACAUUUUAUGGUAAAUAUACUUACUUAUAAAGAGAAUAACAAAGUUUUUGAAUGACAUUAUUCGUAAAAUGACUCGACAAAUGAUGACUAAUAUUCGCUCUGGCACAGAAUUUUUAUCUGUUCCCCUAGUUGAUAAAUAAGGAUGCGGACAUUUAGUCAAUUGCAGAUUCCAAUCCAUUUCUUCAAUUCUAUGACUGGCCUUUAUUAAUUUGUUAGCAUUAAGAAGAGACACAGCUGGUCUGAGAAUCUGCUUAUCGAAUUUGAAAUUCACUUGCUGAAACAAUUAAUAGUUCUAACUUAUAACCAAUGUUUUAACUAAAUUAUUAUUAUGUAAUCAUUGUAAAUCAAUCUUGAAAUAUAUAUUGUAUAAAAAUGCA